AUGGAAGCCUUCAACUUCGCGACGUCGCUCGACCUGACCGAGCUGUCGGUGCACGUCCGCAUAGACCGCCUUGAUGGCAACCAGAAGCCUGUACCGUACUCGGUACUGUUGAAGCGUCCGGAUUUGAGACAUCGAGCAUCCAACAUCAACCCGCACUUUGAGCUAUAUGUCACCGCGCAGAUAUGGGCCGACAGCAAGCCCCUCACCGUCCCCGUCCAGACAGCGUACAAAGCGUUCAAGAAUGCGCGAAUAUGGAACGAGUGGCUACAGUUGCCUGCCACGUACGCCAACCUCCCCGUGUCUGCUCAACUAGCCGUCACCGUGUGGGACCUGUCACCCUUGGAGGACAAAGACUCGAAUCUCCAUGCUGUGCCUUUCGGGGGUACCACGAUACCAUUGUUUGACAAGGACAACACACUGCACAUGGGGAGGCAGCGGUGCAGGCUACAUCGUUUCAAAGCAGCAGAUGGACUGUCCAACACCACCACGCCAUGGGUCAUACCGCCAGCGCGCAAGAGCAGGAAGAACGUCACAGUCGAAGACACAGUAGAUGAGCAAAUCGCUGAGAUGCAGAGGCUCGAAGAACUGCUGAAGAAGCAAGAGAUGGGCGAUCUGCCAUCGAACCACUGGCUCGAUGGGCUCGUCUUCAAAAAGAUGAUGAAGAUACGGAACGAAGCCCUCAAGGCAGAGGCAGCUGCUCUUAGCCGGCAAAGCGAGAACAACGUGACAAACGGUGGCUCUGUCGAGGGGGGUGAUCCAGAACUGUUCUACCUCGACAUCGAGCUUCCGCGCUUUGAUCACGCAAUUGUCUUCACCGAUGUCGAGUACUCACCGCCUCCUGUCUCAGACUUGAGACUGCCCACAGAGUCAGACAUCAGGCUACGUCCACCUCCCGAAGUGUCGUUUGGACCUGGUAUCGACAUCGAUGGCAUUGGUUAUGGCGAUGCAGAUGCAGGACGGCUUAUCAAAGUCUACGAUCCCGAGAUUGGAAGAAGAGUUAACCCAGCUGAAGACAAGCAUCGCGAGUUGAUGCGCAGUCAACAGACCGACUCGCUAGACCGGGACAGAAAGCCCAAUGUGCAUGUACGAGACAAGUUGAAUUUGCUCAUGGCCAAAGGUCCACUAGAAGAGAUCACCUCACACGAAAGAGACGAUAUCUGGAAGUUCAGAUACUUUCUCCUGCGAGACAAACGAGCACUGACCAAGUUUGUCAAGUGUGUAAACUGGAAGAACCCCAGGGAAGCACGACAGGCAGCUCCUUUGCUCGACAAAUGGGCAGAAAUCGAUGUUGACGAUGCUCUCGAACUGCUCGGACCUCACUUUGACCACCCUGUCGUUCGGAGCUACGCCGUCGAACGCCUUAAGAAAGCCGACGAUGAAGAGCUGCAACUCUACCUCCUUCAGCUUGUGCAAGCUUUGAAGUACGAAGCUCCUGGGGAAGGCGACGACUCGUCUCUAGCACGCUUCCUAGUCACUCGUGCCGCGAACAGCUUCACGCUUGGCAACUUCUUCCAUUGGUAUUUGAUGGUUGAGAUUAGCGAUACCAGCAGCGAUCAGGAACCUGAACAUCGCGAUCUCUUCGCAAAGGUCGAGUAUGAUUUCAUGGUCGAGCUCGAAACAACGCCCGAAGGCAUCGAAAUACGCAACACCUUUCGUCGACAAGGCGAACUACUCACCAUUCUCGCAAAGAUCUCAAAAGAUGUGCGUUUCGGUGGCGGCGAUCGAGCAACAAAACUCGCACGCCUGAAGAAGGCAUUAGCAGACCCCAAGAACGAACUCACAAAUUUCGAACCUCUACCGUUACCACUUGAUCCCUCGGUGUAUAUCACAGGAAUCUACACCGAUGACUGCAACGUCCUAAAGUCAUCUUUACUGCCGAUGGUCCUCAGCUUCCGUACCUCAUCCGACACGAAAUAUCCCAUAAUCUUCAAGACUGGUGAUGACUUGCGACAAGAUCAGCUCGUCAUUCAAAUCAUCACACUCAUGGACCGACUACUCCGAAAAGAAAACCUCGAUUUGAAACUAACGCCAUACCGCAUCCUCGCCACCAGCACAUCAGCAGGGGCCUUCCAGUUCGUCCCCUCAAUGAGCAUCGCCGCAGCAUGUCAAAAGCACAAAGGUUCGCUCCUGGCCUACUUGCGCGCAAACAAUCCAGAUGACGCCGCCCCGCUAGGCGUUCGCAAAGAGGCAAUGGACACAUACAUCAAGUCAUGCGCCGGUUACUGUGUGAUAACCUACCUCCUGGGUGUUGGUGAUCGCCAUCUCGACAACCUCCUUCUAGCGCCCGAUGGCCGUUUCUUCCACGUCGACUUUGGCUAUAUUCUUGGUCGCGACCCCAAACCAUUCGCCCCGCAGAUGAAACUUUGCCGUGAGAUGAUUGAAGGUAUGGGCGGCGCUACACAUGCAAAUUACCUCGUUUUCAAAGAAUAUUCGUUCACGGCGUGGAGCACACUUAGGAAAAGUAGCAACUUGCUGCUAAAUUUGUUUGCGCUCAUGCAGGGUGCGAAUAUUCCAGACAUCAAGGUUGAGCGGGAGGGCAGCGUGAGGAAGGUGCAGGAAAGAAUGUGGUUAGGGAAAGGGGAGAAUGAGGCAGGGCGGGAGUUUGAGAGGUUGAUUGAAGAGAGCAUGGGAGAUUGGAAGGCGGGUGUUAUUGAUUGGGCGCAUGAGUUUGUGCAGACUUAUUGGCGGAAGUAG